GAGUGUAUCACUCACUCACACAGUCACACCUACAAAUUAAAAUUCCCUCAAAAUUCUACUCAAUUUCCCUUCCAGCGCAAUGAACUCAAAGUCAAAACCAAAAAAACCCACACCGAUUAGGGUUUUCGGACAACGAUCCAUCACUUCAACAUUUCGCUCUCUCCCUCCAAAUCCCUCUCAUGAUUCCGAAGCAAGUUCGACAAAUCAAGCUUCGCGUAAGUGCGAAUCUACUCGUUUAUCGCUUUCUCACUUCCUUGUUGGCAAACUACAUAGCUCUUCAACAGCCCCUCAUACAGUUCCGGGGAAGUUGACGCCUUUUCAAUCACCUUUGGGUUUGAGAAUACCGUCGAGUGAGCAAGUUGGAAGCGUCAAACAGACUGAAGAAGAGAGAAAGUUUGCAACUGCUGAUGAGAAGUUGAUUUUGGGAAUGUUCAAGCAUACUGAAGAAGAGGGAAAAUGCGACUUUGUUCUUCCAUUAGAUGUUGAUCAGUUAGAAAAUUCAGUGGCAAAUGAUCGUCAAGAAUCUCGGAAAAGGAAAAAUCCAUUUGAAGGUAGAAAUGAGAACCAAACUGUUCGGAAGCAUGUGGUAGUUCUUGGAGGUGAAUCAAGGUUGAAGCAAAAAAAGCAGAUAAAAAAUGACUUCGAUGGCAAAAAGCAAAAACCAUAUAAUCACUAUGCAAAUGGCUGCGGCUGGUGGGACUAUGACAUGGAAGGUGUUGAUAAUGAGGCCUUGGGGGUCAGUGAAGUAUGGGAGGGAGUGGGAUCUACCACACUUGGAGGUAUAGCUGACUGGCAUUGAUGUUGAUUUUAUUAUAUAUGUCUGUAUGUGACUCUGACUUAGUUUAGCUUUGAUAUCAAUACAAUCAGAAACUCAGUUGUUCUGAGAAAAUUCCUCAAUGUGUAUAAAUUCAUAAUUCACUUCGAUCAGUUCUAUUCUCUCCAAAUCAUAUGGUUUUACUAAUAUGUUUCAAAUAAUGUAAAAAAGAGUAAUUCAACACCGAUUA